AUGGGGGCCAGGGGGAAGAGGCGGAAAGGUGCAGCCGCCAGGCUUAUCCUCAACCAGAAUGGGGGCCAGGGGGACGAGGCGCAGCCGCGAAGAGGUGCAGCCGCCACGCUUAUCCUCAACCAGAAUGGGGGCGAAGAGGUGCAGCCGCCACGCUUAUCCUCAACCAGAAUGGGGGCCAAGGGGAAGAGGCGAAGAGGUGCAGCCGCCACGCUUAUCCUCAACCAGAAUGAGGGCCAGGGGGUACAGCCGCCACGCUUAUCCGGUGCCAGGCAAAGAGGUGCAGCCGCCACGCUUAUCCUCAACCAGAAUGGGGGCCAGGGGGAAGAGGCGCAGCCGCCACGCUUAUCCAGAAUAGGGGCCAGGGGGUACAGCCGCCAUGCUUAUCCGGCGCCAGGCGAAGAGGUGCAGCCGCCACGCUUAUCCUCAACCAGAAUGGGGGCAGGGGGAAGAGGCGCAGCCGCCACGCUUAUCCUCAACCAGAAUAGGGGCCAGGGGGGACAGCCGCCACGCUUAUCCGGUGCCAUGCGAAGAGGUGCAGGCCGCCACGACGAGGAAGGGAGGAGGGCUUAUCCUAAACCAAUAUGGGUUUCCGAGGUGUGGAAGCUCGAGCUGAAGAAGGACGGAGGCAAGGACGAGGGGGGGGGCUUAUCCUCAACCAAUAUGGGUUUCCGAGGUGUGGAAGCUCGAGCUGAAGAAGACGGAGGCAAGGGCGAGCCGGGAGGGCUUAUCCUCAACCAAUAUGGGUUUCCGAGGUGUGGAAGCUCAAGCUGA